CAUGCGUCACUGGUCGAUGAGGCUGCAGUAGACGUGCGCCUGCCCAGUGUCUCCUCCUUGCUUAGCUCAGUGCAGAAAGAUGGAUGUGCGGCUGGCUCCACUCAGGCCCUGGGAUGAUUUCUUCCCGGGGACUGACCGCUUCUCUCGGCCUGACUUCAAGGAUAUCUCCAAAUGGAACAACAGGGUGGUGAACAACCUGCUUUAUUACCAGACCAACUACCUGGCCCUGGCAGCCGUGGUCAUCAGCCUGGUGGGAUUUCUGAGUCCACUAAAUAUGGUUCUUGGUGCAACCGUCGUGGUUCUGGUGUUCUUGGGAUUUGUCUGGUCAUCACACAACAAAGAUAUUAUUCGUAAAUUUAAGAAAAGGUUCCCCACUCUGUUUGUUCUCUCUAUCAUGUUGGCAAGCUACUUUGUCAUAUCUCUGUUCGGGGGAGUCAUGGUGUUUGUGUUUGGAAUCACUUUUCCUUUGCUAUUGAUGUUUAUCCAUGCUUCGCUCAGGCUUCGUAACAUGAAGAACAAAGUAGAAAACAAAAUGGAGGAAAUUGGUCUGAAGAAGACCCCAAUGGGAAUCGUCAUUGAGGCUCUGGAACAGCACGAAGAGGGCAUUUCUAAGAUAGCUGACUACAUUAGCAAAGUAAAGGAUUAAAUACUUAAGGAUUCCCCCUCAGCUUCUCUCUGCUGUUGAUCGGUUGAGGUAUCUGUCAUUAAGUUUCAGCUAUGUGAAAUGGCAGCCACCGUGUGCCAUGUAAUUACUCCCAAAUAAUUGGUCAUACAUGAAGACCUCGCUUUUAAAUUCUUUUUUUUUUCUUUUUUUUUUUUGUUCGACUGAUGGGUCAAGAUGCAGAAUGUUUUGCAUUGUUUACAGGUUAUAAACUGAAACUGAGAAAGUUGCAAUUGUGCGGGUCUUCCAAAUUGAGUCCUAUCUUCCAGUUAUUUGAAAACCUUAACCUUUAUAUUCCAAAUGAACAAUGAGUUAAUGUCCUCCCACCCUUCAACCUUUAACGUAUCACUUGCAUUAGCCAUUGAUAAUUACUCCAAGUCCAGUCUCUGUGACUUGAUUAAGACCCCUGACGUGCCCCUGUUCAUAAUUUGACUCCACAUUUUUAAGGUUAAUCUUACAGCUAUCUAAAAAUACAAUAUUCUAGCCGUCCUUACAGUGAGCUUCGUGUUAAUUUGUUAAUAUGUAUUAAUAAUCAGUGUUACUUCUAAGGUGAACACUGAAGCCAUUAAGAAAGAUCUUUUAUGAAAAUCACCCUCUGCUCUAUGCAACCCUGAAAUUUAACGCUACCUUAUGCUUAGUAGCUUUACUUCUAAAUCAUGAUAAAAUCGACUAUGAUCUGACAUCUUGGUGUUAGUCUGACAAGUUUAAUAGAG